UCCACAUGAAAUGAGUUGCCAUUUAUCCAUAUGCUAUCAUUGCACAAUAAGUACGGCUUGCAAUAGAAAGAAAAAGAAAGUGGACUAGAGAUCAAGCAGAAAGUCAAGUUUGAAAAAAUAAGCUCUCAUGGCUUCAUCACGAGGUUUCUCUUUGCUGCAGUUCCUUUUUCUUAUCCCUCUAUGCAUAUUCUAUUUGCUACCAACCACUUGUGGCACAGGAUUCACAAUCAAGGAGGCCAGUGUGCAUGAUCUCCAACUUGCUUUCCGCAGAAACCAGUUAACCUCUAGGCAACUUGUUGAGUUCUACCUUAAACAAAUACAAACCCAGAACUCAGUACUCAAAGGGGUCUUGGAGGUGAACCCUGAUGCACUAGCACAAGCAGACAUAGCUGACCAAGAGAGAAGAAGGGCUAAGUCACCUGAGUCUCUUUCAGGUCUACAUGGAAUACCUAUUCUGCUUAAGGAUAGCAUUGCUACUAAGGAUAAGCUCAACACCACUGCAGGCUCUUUUGCACUGCUUGGCUCUGUGGUGCCUAGAGAUGCAGGUGUAGUUGCCAGGUUAAGGAAAGCUGGGGCUAUCAUAUUAGGAAAGGCCAGCCUCAGCGAGUGGGCACAUUUCAGGUCCGGGGGAGCACCUAGUAGUUGGAGCGCCAGAGGUGGAGAAGGGAAGAAUCCUUACACAAUGGGAAAUCCCUGCGGGUCCAGCAGUGGAUCAGCAAUAUCAGUAGCAGCAAAUUUGGUGACAGUGUCACUUGGUACUGAGACUGAUGGCUCCAUUUUAUGCCCUUCAGAUGCUAACUCAGUAGUGGGGAUCAAACCAACAGUUGGUCUCACUAGUAGAGCAGGGGUAGUUCCAGUCAGUCCAAGACAAGACUCUAUUGGACCAAUUUGCAGGACCGUAGCAGAUGCUGCUCUUGUUCUUGAAACCAUUGCAGGCAUCGACACUAAUGAUAAGGCAACAAUUCAAGCAUCAAAGUAUAUCCCAAAAGGUGGCUAUGCUCAAUUUCUUAAGACAGAUGGACUAAGGGGUAAAAGAUUGGGAAUAGUGAGAUUGUUCUAUGAUUUUGGAAAUGAUACUUUUCUACAUGAAACUUAUAAGUCACACUUCAAAAAAUUAAGGCGAAAUGGUGCAGUUUUGGUUGACAAUUUGAAGAUAGAUAAAAUUGAUGAAAUUCUCAGUCAGUCAAGUGAAUUUAUUGCUUUGUAUUUUGAAUUCAAGUUAUCCUUGAACGCAUACCUGAAAGACCUGGUAGCUUCCCCAGUGAGAAGUUUAGCCAAUGUGAUAGCCUUCAACAAGAAGCACCCAAAAUUGGAGAAAUUUGAUGAGUACGGUCAAGAUCUCUUGGAGCGAGCUGAAAAGACCAAUGGAAUGGGUAAAGAAGAAGAACAGGCAUUAUUAAACAUGACAAGAUUGUCACAAAAUGGAUUUGAGAAACUAAUGAAAAAAAAUAAACUUGAUGCAGUGGUAAUACCUUCUUACCUCUUCAGUAGCAUACUUGCUAUUGGAGGUUAUCCUGGAGUAAUUGUUCCAGCAGGAUACAAAGAGGGUGUGCCAUUUGGAAUUUCCUUUGGAGGUUUGAAAGGUUCAGAGCCAAAGCUGAUUGAAAUUGCUUAUUCCUUUGAGCAAGCAACUAAGAUCAGGAAGCCUCCUCCACUUAGAAAGUUGAAAAUUUGAAGUUAUGUUUGACAGAUAAAAUAAAUAAAGAAGUUUGACAGAAUAAGGAAGUAGUUGUUGUAUAAAAUAAAGUGGUAUGAAUCUCUUCACUAACACUCAAUAUAAAAAAGGUCUGAAAAAAUUGUGGCAA